AUGCACCCGCGGGACAGAGGUGGGACUGCGCUUAUCGCCGCUCGAGGAACCGCCGAAACUGUGGCUAUGACGCACUUUGAACAGGCUAUUGAACGUGUUAUCGGUGGCCUUGAGAAGAAGUCACUUGUCCUCAACCCGGAGGAGAAGAAGACAGUUGCUUAUCACGAGGCUGGCCAUGCACACCGCGACAUCCGCCCGACCCCGCCAUCAGUAAACCCCAAUGCUGAGUAG